AUGCUUGUGACGGUUAUAUUAUUAUCGAUAACAUGCGGUAUAGUCAAAAGUUCUGGAUUUCAUCCGGUCGCUCCAGCUGGUGCAGCGCCGAUAGUUACAGCUGCAAGUUCACAGUAUUUCGAAAGGACAUUUAAUCGCCUUGUCGCAGCGCCAGUACAGCCAUUUAUUCCUGUAGCACCAGCGCCACCAAUUGCAGUAGCACCAGCACCACAACCUAUUAUACCAGUUUUACCUCUGCCCCCUGCUCGACCAGUGGUUGUAGAUGCAUCUAGGACCACACCUGUGGGCAAUCCAACAAGUCCAAUACCAUCACAAAGUGCUCCUUCGGAUCCAAAUGUGGCCAUCGCAGUUGCAACAGCUCAUGCUGCCGCUCCUGUCGCAACUAUACUUCUGCCGCCAUAUCCAUUUGGAUUACCACCCUCAUUUGGAUUUAUACCACAGUCACCACAAGCCCCACCACAACCGACAGACAAUCCCAAAAUCAACAGGGAGUCAACGACUAGAAGAACAACUUCAACCCAAGUAACAACAACCGAAAGUGUGCAAGAAGCUACAACACCAGUGCCAUCAAAUAUUGACAAUAGUUUUGCGCAGGCUCUACCUUCCAACCAGAAUGUUAAUUUCAAACAAUAUUUAGCACCAGCACCUGCACCAAGACCAGUACCGAAUCCGAGACCUCAAAAGGUCAAAACUAAUGUAGAAGUGGUGCCUGUUCCACUAGCGUAUAUUGCUCCACCACCGCUUGAUCUACAUCACCAUCAUCAUCACCAGCAUCACCAUCAUCACCAUCAACAUCAAGCGCUUAAAGUAGUUCCGCAUAUUCAUACGUUCAUACCAAAGACAAGAAUAAUAAUAAGACCUGUCACUUCGCCUUUACGGGUCAGAACAGUUACAAUUCCGGCAGGAUUUGCUAAAUAUGGACCACCAAAGUUGGUUAAAAAGGUGGUAAAGAGAUACCCACAAAAUAUACAAUCCAGAUCACGAGAUACAGAACCUACUACGUUCCGUCCAGUGAAUUUUCCUUUUACCAAGCCACCCAGGGUAUAA